UCAUCUAUGUUGAUGUUUUCUUUUAAAAAACCCAUUACAUUACAAUUUUGCUCUGAGGCUGUCGUAAUUUUUCUGCGUCCUUUCUUCUCUGGAAUUAAAAAUCUUACUAUUCUUACAGUAUCGGUUCAGACUGGUUCGUUUUUAGCAUAGUAUAAUAUUUUUUUUUUUUGUGAAUAUCCAAGAGAUACCCAACACCAAGUUCACAAGUAUCAACUCCUGUCUAAAUCUUUGAAAUUUUUGAGAUUUUGGUGAAUGGGAGAACAAUAUGUAACUUCAACACUAUGAACUGAUUUAUUUGUAAUCAAUUCUAUCAAUUCAGCAUCAUCUUACAUCUGAUUGCCAAAUGGAGAAAGCAAAAGAAGAAUUAUCGGACCUCAUUCGAAGGAAGUCCAUGCUUUCUGAAAGUCUGGUAAAUAUUGAGCGAGAUAUCUAUUCCCUAGAAGGAUCGUAUUUGGAGAGUACAAAAGAUUACGGCAAUGUUAUCAAAGGUUGGGAUAGGUACUUAUCCUAUGGUAAAACCAGUAAUAACAACUCAGCUGUCAAUGAAAAAAGGAAAUUCAGACAAUCUCAGCGCAUCUUUUCAAGAUCAUCUGUCACCUCUAUGUCAGCCCUUGGAAUAGCUGGAGAAAAAGUUGAUACAACACACAUUGAAGAGGUAGAUCAAGGUUUACCAAGUCUAGACAUGAACAUGCCUGGAACAUCAUCCAUCAAAGAUUCACCCAGACAAGUAAUCAAAAAAGCAGCAGUUUCAUCAAAAACAACGGGUGGCAAACCACCGCUGGGAGAGCUGAGAAUGACCCUAGCCUCCCGUCCAACGGUUGUGGAAACGAAACCAGCUGUAAAUAGAAAGAGACUGCCUUUCAACUCCAGAGCCUCUGAACCUGUCAUGUCUGCCUCAUCAAAGGAUGCCUUACGAAAGUCCAAAGUUCACUAGCGAAUGAGAUGGUUUAUCAAAUGAAUUGAUAGUAUCCAUUCAUUCAGAUUCAGGAUUUUUCUAGUUACAAUGGCUGUGCCAUUUUUUGUACUUGGUUGUUAAAGUAUGUUCAUUGAUAGAAAGAAAUCGAUGGCCAUAGUGCAAAACCACAUAUCUCUAUCGCGAUGCCUCAAAAUUUCUGUUCCUCUCUUAUUUUUUCAAAGAAAAAUAAGCCAACUUUGAAGGUUGAAAUUAUUGUGGAAUAUUAUUCUUUUUGCAAAGAAAAAUCAGAGAAGUAUUCAAGACUUUAUGAUGGUUACUUUUCCAAAGGAAAAAUGAAGUAUUACAGGAAGUUUGUUACGUCACAAAUGGAGGUAUAAGAUUUUGCACUUCGGCCACUGAAAUAUGCGAGAGUGGGUCAGAAGGAGAGCAUCCUGUUUCUGCUGACGGUAAUGUAAAAGUUGCUUAGUUGACUUGGUAACCAGAAUAAACUCCUGAUAACGCUCUGCAAAACGGGUUUUCACUAAGCGCAUUGUUAUGGGUCAGUGAGAAAAAGAUCCUCCUCAAAUCAACCCUUUCUUAAUUUGUAAAAAAUAAAAAUGAGUUAUGUAGAAUUUAUGAAGUUUGAAUAAAAGUUCUUUUUUAGAAAUUUCCUCUGAA